AUGGAUAUUUUGAGAAUUAAGAAGAGAAGAAGUGCACAUAAGGCUGUGAUAACACGUCAACUUGGCAAAUUAGAAGAAUAUGCGGGCGAUAAUACGCACUUUACUACCGUUUUCGAAACUCUACGCAACAAACUUAUGGCGCUGGAAGAUAUCAACGAGGAGAUUAUGUCGCAGGUAGAUGACGUAGACCUGGAAACAGAGAUGCUCGAGACUGAGGACUAUAUGCUGGAAGUUCGGCUACGCAUUGGAGAUUUGGAGGCUCAACACCGCGCUGCCGUGGAGAUCACCCGUUCCCCACAGAUUACCCUUGAUAAUACCACACUUGAGGAGCCCCUAAAUAGUAACAACCAUGAGACCGCACAACCCGUGCACAGAAUUGCCAAAGGAACUUCCGGGAACCGAAAUAAUAGUACAUCGGCGAAUAACGUAAGUGACAUUUCAAUUCAGUCUGCAUCACAGUUUCAUAAACUUCCGAAGCUUACAUUACCAAAUUUUACUGGAGACAUUUUGGAGUGGCAAACAUUUUGGGACUGUUACGAGUCAAGUAUACAUAACAACAUGUCACUAUCUGAGGUGCAGAAAUUUUGCUAUCUGAAAACUCUAUUGUCCGACGAUGCUGCCAGUGUCAUUGAUGGUUUGAAUGUUACACAUGGAAACUAUUCAGAAGCUAUACAUUUACUCAAGGAACGUUUUGGUCAGACACAUAAAGUUGUAAAUGCGUACAUGCAAGGUUUGCUGGAUUUACCUAGACCAACUUCCCAACUGUCUAGUCUAAGACCGUUUCAAGAAAAGAUGGAGGCAUAUAUCCGUGGUCUACAGUCCCUAGGUCAAGGUCAUGAGUCCUUUGGAAAUUUACUUAUACCGGUCAUACUUGAAAAACUUCCGGCGGAGAUCAAGCGGAACAUGACACGCGACCAUGGUGGGAGUGAAUGGCGACUUCCGGAACUUAGGAGAGCGUUAAAGAAGGAGAUAAAUAUAAUAGACUCAG